UCAACUACGGCACGUCUAUCCCGGCUACAGGAAAUUUGACGUACGACAUACGGCGGAGUGUGAAGCAGCAGUCACUACCAGACGAGUUCAAUUGAAAGAUGAGUGAAGAAGCAGCCAAACCUAGAGUCGUCAAAUUAAGCUUAGACUUCCCACUGGAAGCUGAGAAGCCACUAGACAUCUCACAAGAAGAAGACCUCCUAAUCGCAGAGAAAAUUGCACGACUCUGGCCGAUGGUAGCCGCCAAUAUCGACCCGCAAUCGUUUCCAUCUUAUCUCGUAGCACAAAUGCACCAAGAGAUGAACGAUCGAGUCAAGGAAGCUCGAGUAAUGCUCAACAAAUGUGUCCAGGAUGAUGGUACCGCAGUUACAAGGCGUAUGGUAGUAGAGGCAAUGAUUGACUGCGGAAGGCGAGAGGGAGCCAAAGAAAUUUAUCCUCCAGACUUUGUUGACUACAUCAAGAUGCCGAGGCCGAGGCCGAUUGUCAAGUUGACAUGAUGGGAUGGGACAAGACUGACGUCAUAGCAGUUUGUUCCUAUGUAGUAAGAGAACUGCCACUGUGUUGCUGUUGAUUCAAACGAAUGUCAUGCAGGCCUAUGUC